UGAGCUCCGCCGCUGUCCGGAGCGCCCGGCGGAGCCGGCCGGGCUGUGCCCGGUGUGUCCCGGUGCUGCGGGAAUGGCCGCUGGCACCGGGAGCCCCGGGGCCCCGCUCGGGCUGGGCUGCACGAGUUCUGCCCGCCGCUGUGAGAUCUCCUCAGCCGGAGUGUGGGGCCAGAGCACUGCUGCUCUUUUAGAAAGAGAGUAUUGGCGGCAGAGAAUGUGCGCUGGCUGUACUCGCUGGGAACAUUCAUUCCUUCAAUUGCUGGAGCUCGCAGGAUCCUCUAGAUAGGAUUGGAAUGUAACUGUAGAGAAAAAUGUCCAUUUCUGACAACUUAGUUGUGGAGUUUUAAUCAUAUUUGGAUUUCUGGAAGUACUACACCAUGACUUCAGCUGGGAAUAAGAUAGAAAGAUGGACUCAAAGGCAAGGUGGCAGAACUGGGAAGCUGCUAGAGCCUGUGGCCCCUCCUGAAAAUGAUCAUCUUUUGUCAGUGAAGUCAAUCAGCAGCACGGACCUCCCUGGAAGGGCAGACUCUGCUUACAGCUCUUUCUCAGGAGGAUCAAACGUUCCAGAGUACCCCACACCAUCGUGCCAUGGUGGAUCCUCCUGUGUGCCUCCAGAGCAGGGCCCGUACAUGGACUCGGAGUAUGUGACGGGAAUUUAUCAUCUCAGUGCUGCACACUCUGCCCUCAGACCCCGCCAGGGCCUGAGCACCCACAGCAGCUCCCAGAGCUGUUGUGAGGGAAUUGCUCCUUCCCAAAGGACUGCAGAUGAGGGUGCCCCAGCCCUGGCAGCGCCGGCAGUGUCCCAGAGCUGUGCCACCUCUGCCGGGCGCGGGGACAGCCGGGGCUCCGCAGGGCACGCUGAGGGCACGGUGCAGCCCGGCCUGCAGCACGGCCAGCCAGCAGACAGAGAGGCACCACGCAGCCAGCGCUGCCAUGCAGUCACACGGACAGGUGUAGGGCCUCAUGGGGAACAGCCUCUGGAAAACGAGGGCCUUUCCUCUGAUUCUACAGAUGAGGUCUCAAAAGCUCAGGUGUUAAAGACAGAAGAAAAUGGAGAGUGCAGCCUCUCACAACAACCUACAAAGAGAAGCAAUCCACACAUUUUCAGGAGACCUUCAUCAUUCAUUUUUCAAGAAUAUUUAAAGACAGACUCUGUAACGAAUGUCCCCAGAAUACUUUCUGCGUAUAAUUCAGGUCAUGCUAACAAAAUUCCCAAAGAGAUGAACUUCAAAUCCUAUCAGCAAGCGCAUUCCAACCCCAAUGCUGUUAAUGAUACACAGGAAGUCAAACAGUGUCCCAGGGGUGUGUGUAAGCCAAGUGCCAGAGAAGCAGCUCUGCCAAGCGCUGUGCCAGGGCCCAGCCAGAGGAAAGAGUCCUUGCCCUGUGCUCAGGGCCCACUCCAUGCUGAGUGGCAUUCAGACAUGGAUCAGGAUGUGUUUGAGGACAGCUUGGAAUUAAAAUACAUGGAGGAUGCUCUUCUAAAUAAAAAUGCUCCCGGGAAGCUGAACAGUUAUGCAGACAAAAAUCAGUGCUAUGAUUCUGAAGGAAAAAUUAUGAGCAAUAUUAGGGAACUAGUCCCAAGCCAGCAAAACAAAGUGCUGAGAUCACCACUGUCCUGCAGCUGCAAAGCUAUGGAAGUGGAGCGCCCUCAGUGUGAGCAGUUGGAUCAGGGAAGGAGGCAGUGUUGUGAUGGCACAAGCCAAAUGGCUUUUUUCAGACCAAAGGAAGAUUCCACAUCUCAGUCAUUACGUGAAGUCCAGAAAGAAAAUCAGGGUAACAACAGCAGUCCUGACCUCAGCACGUGUCUGGAACAGGAGGAACCUCCUGCUCAGAAACACCAGCCUGUAUUUCAAACACAGCUCUCAAGACAGCUUUGGGAGGAGCAGGCUGGUGAGCAAAUAACCAGGCAGGCAACUCCCAUGCUUUACUAUCUUUCUGCAGGGAAAACCACCAGUGUCCUGCACCCCAACAAAGACUCAAGGAGCUCACCAAAGGAAAUUCCAUCAAGCAGCUAUGCUGCCUCAGCACAGUGUCUAGAGUUACAAAGAGAAGGCCAUCAGCUUCAGAGGAGCAGCCACCACCAUCAGUGCAGUGCUGAUGAUCUCCAGCUUCAGAACAAAGAUCUCAUUUGGAGGAGUCCUGCCUCAUUCACAGAAGAGACUUUCCAGAAUGACUACAUAGAGAAACUUAAAGUGGCUCAGAAAAAGGUUCUCAAAGAAACCUCCUUUAAAAGAAAAGACUUACAGAUGAGUUUGCCUGUCAGAUUGAGACAGAAAUCCUCUAAAAGGCCAUCAGUUGAACACCUUCGGUCUUUCUCGUUAUCCAGUGCAAGCGAGGAUGCCAGACCUGUUCCUUGCUCUCCUCAUCUAGAAUCCUUGGAAAGUUUCAACAGAAAUGAUGAAAUAAGGAGGCCACAAAAAGGUCAAGCAGGGGGAAGGAAAAGGGUAACCCAAGAGCAAAAGAAACUCUGCUACUCUGAGCCUGAGAAGCUCAAUCACCUAAUGGAUAAGGAAGUAUCAUGGAGUCAAGGUAGGGAUGAAACCGCUGAGCAAGGUACAGUGGCAUCCAGGAGAAGGGAUCUGGAGAACAGAGGAAAGGCAUUUUCCAGUUCAGGUGUCUCCAGGACAGAGCUGAAACAAAUCCAACACAGUGCACUGAUCAAAUACAUGGAACGAAAGAUCAGUCAAAGACCAGGGGGUUCACAACACCUCCCACUGCAUAAGCCACCCCUGCAGAAGAGGCUGUCAAAUCCCAAGGGUCCUCCUGACCAGAUUUCCAACCCAAAUGGAAGCAGGAAGAUGCAGAAUGAUGAGGUUUUCUGCCAACUUCUCUCUGAUCAAAAAUCACCAGAUGUUUUUCGUCCUUUGCCUCUUGCUCCCCCACGGAAUGGGACCAGCAAGGGGGACGGGAGCUGUACCAGCAAGUGUCCAUCAGCUGAAAGUCUCCCACAGGCAGGGGGUUCUGCAUCUGGGAGAGCUCUUGAGAGACCAAAAUCCACUCCCUCUUCUAUACAGGACCCGUGCAGAUGUGCCAGAUGUGCGGCAGCACCGUGCCCCGGCGCCUCCAGCUGCCAUGAUCCUGAGAAAGAUGGACCCAAGAAUCAUGAACAUAGUGACAUAACUGGACAUGUGUGUGGUCAGGAUAAAAAGGAGCAGACUCCUGAAACCUCCAUUCCUGUCCCAGGAAGUGGAAGCAAGGGGAGUGCUCGAGUGGAGGAGGAAUGCAGAACUCACUCUGUGAGUGGGAAUGCUGCACUCAAGCAUCCAGAACAGCAGCAGCCUGCAGCUUCUCCAGGGCUGGGAAUGCUUCUCCACACAGCACCAGCUCAGCCUCACCAAGGACACAAACAUCCAGCCAGAGGUUUACUUGCCCAGGAAGCAUCCAUGCACAGCAGCCACGAUGAUGUUCCCCUGGAGAGAGAGACUCACCUGCCCCAAAGGAGGCUACAGUCUCCUCAGGAGCAGCGAUGCCAGGAGCUUGCUAUGGAGAUCAUUGCCAAGGACAGCUCUCUGGUGGACAUUCUCAUGCCUCAUCCUCUUAGAAAAACUGCUUUGGACCUGAUGGAGGGUUUGUUUCCUGUCCACAUUUCCAUGCUGGAUAAAUCACGCAGGAAAAGGGGAAAGGCGCAGCAUGUUCAGGAGAAUGAGAAAAGUUAUGGAGAUGGACCAGAAGAAUGUCCAAAAUCUGAACAUGAAACCGAGCAAAGGAGCAAAGAGCCUGCCUCUAUGAGAAACCAAGUCCUGAAGAGAAACAGAGACUGCACAAAUGAGCUAGAUGACAUCACAUCUAAGAAACUGGAACUCAUGGCCAGUCUCCAAUCCAGGCUGCAGGCGCUGUGGGAGGAACAGGAGCUGGUUCUCAUGGAAGUCAGGGAAUGUGCCAAGUGGGGCGAGGAGCUGGAGGUGCUGGUGCGGGAGCUGUGCAAGCCCAACGAGUUUGAGCGGUACCUGAUGUUCAUUGGGGACCUGGAGAAGGUGCUGAGCCUCCUGCUCUGCUUGUCCAGCCGCCUCGCCCGAGUCCAGAACGCCAUGAGCAGGAUGGAUGGCAACACAGAGCCUGAGGAGAAGCAAUCACUGAAUGAACGGCACAAGCUCUUGUCUCGGCAGCGGGAAGAUGCAAAGGACCUGAAGGAGAAUCUGGACCGGAGAGAACGUGUGGUCUCUGGAAUUCUUGCCAAAUACCUGACAGAGCAGCAGCUCCAGGACUACCAACACUUUGUUCAAGUCAAGACAUCCUUGCUGAUUGAACAGAAGGACCUCGAAGAGCAGAUUAGAUUUUUUGAAGAACAGUUAGAAUAUCUCGAGCAAAGCAUCCCCAUCUAACACCCACCACCAGGCCAGACCUUUUUAUAUCUUAUAUGUGAUGUUUCCCUGGAAAUCCACAGGCACUCCCAGGGCUCAGUUUGGUGUGUUCUUCCAAUCCUGUUUGUGCCACAGCAUUGACAAGUGUUCAGAUGCUCUGGGAUGCUCCAGGCACACUCUGGACAUGCCCUUCACUUGGACAGGCCAACUGACAGCAUCUCACAGUGUGUAGCAAACUGCCUUGUGGACAUGACUGAUAGGAUUCAUUGCUCCUAUUAACUGAAUGUGUAUUUCCCCUUCCUCUUGUCUGUCCAUCUGUUUCCAGGUUGACAUCAUCUCAAUAAAAGAACUAUACAAAUAUUUGUCUCUUGUGGGUGGGUGGGUUGAGUGUUUGAAAUGAAAAAUUAUGUGGGUGUUCAGAUUUGAAUUGGUGAUUGCAAAAGCCAUAGGAAAUGUUGUGGACCAUUUCAGUGAAACUCCUGCACUCAUUUCUACUGUUUAUAUGUGUGACACAGUAAAAAUACACUGUAAUGAAAGAAAAUAA